UUUGCAUGGGAUCAAAAUGAAAAAAAAAAAACACUGAAAUUUGACACCUUGAUAUUGAUUGAAUUUUUGUGAGUAAAAAACAGAAGUUACUUGGUUUUGUGUUCCCUAAAAUGUGAAUUCCGAUUAGAGAAAACACAUUCACAAUGGGUACUAAUGGCAAUGGACGACGAGGCGGCACAAAGUUGCCCGAUGUGCGCCGCCCCAUGGAAGAAGGCGAUUGUGUCAAUGAUAUGGAGAGCCCUGAACUAGAUUUCGUCUAUGAUGAUUGUGAUACACAGGCCAACGAAAUCGCUGAAUUAUAUAGUUACACAGAACAUCCGGAAUUUCAAUUAAACGUAAAGGCUUUUGAAGAUAUCAUGGAAGAAUUUAACUAUCCCCCUAGUUGGCAAAGGCUUACUGAAAAACAACGGCGUACCGUUAUAAUGAAAUUGUUAGAACAUUUAGAUAUAGCAGUUAGUGAGGUGCGGAUGCGAGCGACGAGAUGCAUUUUGUAUUUAGCUCAAGGAUGCUGGGCCGAAAUGCAAUCUGAUGCUGAACAGGCACAGUGGGCUCGUCUAAAUAUAUUUAUGUUGUAUGAAAUGGGAACAUUCGCAGCUUUUGUGGAGUUAUUAAAUCUCGAAAUCGUUAGAAGCAAUACAACUAUAGCUUCAAGGAAACUUGCGGAAUCAUUAGCCGAUUCUACCAAUUUGAGAGUUAUUAUUUCAGUGCUUUAUUUAAUAACUGAGCAUAUGAGAACUGAAAAGAAUAAUCCCAAUACUGAGUAUGCGCAUAUGAUAAAGACCUUUAAAGAAGAACUUGGUACACCGUUUGGUGAAGAAUUACUUCCUGUACAAUUGUUGAAUAUGGUAACACAUUUGGGUGCAGGCACAGCACCACAUUUCCCUAUGAAAAAAGUUUUGCUUUUGCUAUGGAAAGUGUUACUUGUCUAUUUAGGUGGCAUCAAAGAGCUGAAAGAGAGAAAAGCUAGAUUGCGCGAAAAAUAUAAUUUGUCUCCAGUCAUGGAAGAUACUCUUGAAGUGAUCAAAGGUAUGAGAGCCAGUUCUCCUCCACCAAGUGCUGGAGACAUGCUGGAGAACCAGAACCCAAAUCAGAGAAAGUUAAAAGAGAAUGAAAGAGCUCUACGAAGACAAACAUUCAUGAAACAAACCUCCUUAGAUGAGUCUGAUGAACAAAUGUAUGUUGAGAAAGAAGAGCAAAGUAAUGGAUCUGAAGAUUACUCUAUGGAGUUUCAGUCAAUGCCUAUAGAAGGAUCUCAAAACUCAAAUCAAAAUUGUCCGUAUUACAUGUAUUUUAAACGAUUUGAUAGUCCUCCACCACCACCUCCUCUGCCUAGAAGUCUUCCCUGGCAAUCUAAAGUACGGCAAAAGGAUAUUGACAACUUUCUUGACAAUGUAAGAGUAAAGUUUGUUGGAUACUCUUUACCAGGUGAUCGUUCAACAGUUGCAGGAUUACCGCAACCCAUCCAUGAAGGUAUAGAAGUAUUGAAAAAACACAUUUACACAAGUAUUGCAGAAAUUCAAAUAGAGAGAGAAAUAGAAAUUGCACGAAGCCCUCUAACUAAAGGUGAAAAGGAAGUUGAGCAGAAUGAAACAGAAACUCUUUACAGAGAAGUGCUACCUAAUCUACCGCAGUAUAUGAUUGCGCUACUGAAAAUAUUGUUGGCAGCUGCACCCACUUCCACUGCAAAAACUUAUUCUAUGAAUAUUAUGGCAGAUUUAUUACCAGAAGAGAUGCCCAUGACUGUACUCCAGUCACUCAAGCUUGGCAUAGAUGUGAAUAGGCAUAAAGAAAUCAUUGUUAAAGCUGUAACUGCUACUCUUUUAUUACUUUUGAAACAUUUUAAGUUAAAUCAUGUGUAUCAAUUUGAAUAUAUGUCACAACAUUUGGUGUUUGCAAACUGCAUGCCUCUAGUUUUGAAGUUUUUUAAUCAAAAUAUUCUUUCAUAUGUUGGGGCUAAGAAUACCAUUCCCAUAUUUGAUUUUCCUGCUUGUGUAAUCGGCGAACAGCCGGAAUUGACAAAGGAAUGUCUGGAUAUUGGUGACACAUCAGUGCUCUACUCUUGGAGGAAUGUAUUUUCUUGCAUUAAUCUUUUGAGGAUUUUAAAUAAAUUGACAAAGUGGAAAAACGCAAGAAUUAUGAUGCUUGUCGUAUUUAAAAGUGCACCUAUAUUAAAACGCACGCUAAAAGUACGACACGCCUUGAUGCAGUUUUACGUGUUGAAACUUUUAAAGAUGCAGACUAAGUAUUUGGGAAGACAGUGGCGAAAAACGAAUAUGAAAACCAUCAGCGCCAUUUAUUCUAAGGUACGGCAUAGAUUGAAUGAUGAUUGGGCUUUUGGCAAUGAUGUAGAUGCUCGUCCUUGGGACUUUCAAGACGAAGAGUGCGCUUUACGAGCGUGCGUUGAUCGGUUUAAUAGACGACGGUAUGGUACAAUGGCAGAUCAGGAAAGUGAGUUAACACCUGUCGACAAAGAUAUUAAUAGUGUACUUGACACUAAUUUCGAUCUUGAUGAAGAGUUUAAGGAAAACUAUGAACUAUGGCUUGAAAGGGAAGUCUAUAACAAUGAAAUUAAUUGGGAUGUUCUUUUAUCUGCAUGAGUUCUUAUUACUUAAUCGAAAAAUGUAGGAAGAUGAAAUAGGUAUUCCGUUUUUAUAAUAGUGUGACAGUGCUAUUGAACUGGCACUGUAGAAAAUUUCUGAAUUUUUAGUACAUUUAUACAAGUCACAGUAACAUUAUUUUAACAAAGGAUUUAAUGCAGCAAUAAAAUUAGUAUUGAUGACGAGCAAUUAUGUGUCAGAAUUUGCAUGCUGUUAGGUUAAUAUAGAUCAAAUACAAAACUUAUAUACUUUAAGUUACACAAGAUAAAUAGGCAUCGGAGACUAACAAUAAAAGUUAUAUGUAUAAAAUUAGUACCUAAAUUAUGUAGCAUGAAAACUAAUUGGUAAAUGAAUUGUUAAACUGAAAUCAUCUUUUUAGAACAUACUUAUAACUAUUUCUUUGAAAUAAAUGUAUGUAUAAAAUA